AUGGAUGCCGUACCUAGCUUCGAAGUUAUGUACAAACCUGUAUGCAAAGAUGAAUUCAAGCCUUGUGUUGGUAAGAAGUUCAAGACGGUAGAGGAUGCAAUCGUCUUUUACAAUUAUUAUGCUCGUGCGGUUGGUUUUGACACUCGCAAAUCUGGUACAAAGUAUUCCGGUGACGUGAUCACAUGGCAGUACAUAGUGUGCAGUAGAGAAGGCCAGAAAAGGACGGUAGAUGGAGAUGCAUCGAAUGCACGACAAGGCUUUGCCAACAAGCGUAGACGCGCAUCAAAGAGGUGCGGAUGCAAUGCUAGGAUAUCUUUCAAGUAUUUUUCAGAUUUUGGAGUUGCUGGAUAUGUGAUUCAUCAGUUUGUUGAGGAACACAACCACUCGAUGGUCGAGGCUCAGCAUAAGAAAUUCAUGAGAUUGAACCGUAAACCAGAUCAAGUGCAUAGGAAAUUUGUUGAGGAUUGUGCUAAGGUCAACAUUGGUGCCACACUCACAUCCAAAUUGUUGAACGAGUUGAUGGAGGGAUACGAUGUUGGUGGGUGUACUAUUGUAUUGGAUGUUGAAAAGUGUGCUCGUGACAUGAAAGCAAACAUUGAAGGUUCUGAUGCUCAGAUGCUGAUGGAUGUAAUGCGUAGGAAGAAGGAAGCAUGUGGUGGAUUCACUUUUGAAUUUGAGUUAGACAAUGAAGACAAGUUAAAUCGGCUUUUCUGGUGUGAUUCAGUGUCAAGAAAAAACUAUCAUUAUUUUGGAGAUGUUAUUUCAUUUGACACAACAUACUCUACUAACAGGUACAACAUGAUUUUUGCCUCGUUUACCGGAAAAGAUAAUCAUUCUAGACCCGUUACCUUUGCAGCUGGGUUGCUAUGCAAGGAGGACGUCGACUCAUUUUCAUGGUUAUUAAGUUGUUUUGUUCGAUGCAUGGGUGCAUCACCUAAGUUGAUAACUAUUGAUCAAGAUUCAGAUAUGAAAGUUGCAGUUGAACGAGUCCUUGUCAACACGAGGCAUCGUUGGUGUAUGUGGCAUACCAUAUUGAAGCUAGCAGACCAAGUUCCUAAAAAUCUGCUUGCGAACGAAGAUUUUAAGAAUGAGUUAAAUGCACGCGUUUGGUCAGAUCUGAUAGAACCUAUUGAGUUUGAAGAAUCCUGGAAGGAUAUAAUGGAACGCUAUGGAUUGGAAAAGGAAGAGUGGUUCACAACCAUGUUUGACUCAAGAGGAUUCUGGGCGCCUGCAUUUUUCAGAGAUUGUUCGAUGAGCUCUGUGAUAAGAACAACAUCAAUAUUCGAGCCUGAAAAUAGUUUCUUUAAAAGAAACACAAAGCCUAGUUCUAAUCUCUUAGAGUUCAUCAUGAGGUAUGAUAAUGCUUUGGAUGCUCAAAGGAAUCUGAAUGCAAAAUUAAAUUAUACGGAUUCGACAAUUGUUCCUAUCUUGGCAGCUCAUGAGCUGUCUAUUGAGAAACAUGCAUCCACGAUCUACACCGGCAGUAUGUUCAAAACUGUCCAGGCAGAAAUAAUGGAUGCAUGUUAUAAUUGCUUCAUUGUGGAGAUGUCUCCUAAGAAAUAUAAAUUGCGCGACGAUCGUCAUAAUACAUGGACUGUUAUAUAUGAUGCUGAGCAUGAGAUAUAUGAAUGUGUAUGCAAAUUGUUCGAGAGAUCCGGUAUUUUAUGUAGCCACAUAUUCUAUGUGUUGAAAAACAAUGGUGUGAAGUUGAUUCCCGAGAAAUAUUUCGGAUGGAGGUGGUUGAAGAACUCGUUAGGGAAAGCGGUGCACGCUGUUUCAAGCGAGGAGUCACAAACAGGUGUGGAUGAGAAGCAGAAGGUUCUCAACAUGUUGUGCACAGCCUUUUAUGAAUUAGUGCACAAGUUAGAGGGGAACAUGAACAAGGACCAAAUUUUAGCAGCCACUGCUAAAAUUAGGGCUUUUGGUCAACGCAUUUUGGGCGAUGGUUCAUGUGAUACUUCUAUUCUCAAAUGUGUCAAGACUGAAUCUUAG